AUGUCACAAGAAGAAGCAGAUGGACCGUCUGCUACUCCCUUCGACCUGCUCAUCAACGCCAUAGCAGGAUCGACAGACUAUGUCCAUCCUACCGAUCUGUCUGCAGCGAGGGAACAACCUCAAACCUCCAAUGUUGAUCAGCCGCUGAAUGGAACUCUGGCCAGCGCCAGCGCAGUACAGACUAUCAACAAGUCUACUAGACGAAUCCGCCAGAAUGGUUCACCCACUCCACGUCAGAAGGAGAUAUCCAAAGUCCUCUCUGAACAGAUCAUACAUCAGAAAGGUAGCAACAACACCACCGCCACCGUUGAGAUAUGGCAUCCUACAGCGGGCCAGAAGAGUUACGGGAAAGAAAGGAGGAUACUCGCGCCUCCCCCUAAACUGUGUGUAUCCGGUCCCAUCCUCUCUUUCAUCACUUCGGUAACGCUCUCGACGACCUCUCCUUCAGCAAGUACAUCAAGUAGUCAGACCCAUCUCAUCGCUCCAUCAUUACCCGGACCUCUACUAAACCUCUCUGGCACACCUGGUGUCGCCGGAAUCCAUACGGAAGACAGCACGGAAAGUGCAACCAAGAAUAGAAGCAAGAAAACCGAAAAGUCAAGCCAUCAACGUGAAUUAAUCUAUGCUGCUCGUAAUGCAGGUUUCGGAGCUACUCUACCUAGAUCACGAAGUAAUGUGGAAGGGAAAGAUAGGGAGUUUUUACUAGGAGAUGGGUUGAAUUUCCCCGGGUUGUGGAUUGGUGAAGAGGUUGGAAAGAAUAAGGAAUUCCAUCUGGAAUUGAAAGUCGACACCGGAUCUCAAUUCCCCAUCACACAUGAUAUUCAGUUGCUUGAAGCAGGUAUCGGAGCUGAAGGUAAUCAAUCAGAAGAGGUCCGACAGCAAGAUCUUCAAGAACAACAAGAACAGCGUCAACAGGAAGAAGAAGGAUCAGGACCAUUCCCUGACUUACAUAUAGAUCAUUCCACUUCACUCUCAGAGGUGUUGGAUCCCUCUUCCAUAGAAGUCCUACAACCUUUGGUGGAAGCUGUUCAAAACACCAACGAUGAAACUGAUAAACAGACUUUACAGGAACAUCCUCCUCACUCGCAAAAUAACAUAUCAAUCAAUCCACCUGAAAUGGAAACAGUCCUUGAAGACAGCAAUCAACAAACCACAACCGGUAGGGAUCCUUCGAACGAAGAUACUCGGUAUUCCAUAAAGCCAGUGUCGACACCUUACUUUACAUUCCUAUCUACACCACUCAAACUAGUCUCCAAACCAUCUCAGAAGACAGCAAAGGCACGUUCGAUGACCAGUUGUUUCUCUAUCAAUUCAUCUUUUGCACUUUGGACUAGGAUCCAUGCUCAGACGGUCCGAACUAAAUAUAUGAAAUUGGAGUGUGCAGGAAGUGAGGCUGAAGGCAAGUUAACUUCAAAAACUGGGAAAUGGACACCCUUCAGAUUCGAGAUCAUUAAACGAGCUUUACCUCCGGCUGUAGAGAAGAAAUCCAAAAUUCGAAACCAAGCUCAACCUCAGCCUCAACGUCAAUCUCGUACUGAGGUAGAGGCAGAUGUCAGUAACCCGAAUAUUCUAACGUAUGGGUCAACAGUCAGAUUAGUAGAUCUGCAAAGUGGUAUGAAAAGUGAUCCAGUAAGAAUAGUGAAAAUCGAAAGUAGUGAACAUAAGAUGACUGGUGAAACGGAUGGACAUCCAAUUAGCGAAUUGCAAAGGAUCGGUUUGAUAAGGCUCAAUACGGAUGGAUCCGAUUAUCUGAGUGAGAAUGGGGAGAGGAAUUACCUUUCUGCACCUGGUGCGAGAUUGGGUGGCGGGGAAUUGAUAGAUGGACGAUCGGGACGGGCGAAGCCCACCUUGAACAGGGAUAAGAAACGACCAUUACCGAUGUCAACGUCGUCUACACACGAUGAUAGUGGAACCAUUCCUGAAACUUUGGAUGGUAUAGAACCGCAAUCGUUACCGGAAAAAGAGGUGACGGAGAAAGGAGAACCGCCAAAGAAGAAGAAAAAGACAAAGAGGAACGCGUUGGCUGCUGCAGUGUUGGCAGAAGAUGAAGAUGGAGGGUUACAAACUAUUUUAUCGUGGGUCGAAGCUAGUAUCAGUGAGAUUGUUCAACAGUCAGAGGAGAGGGUGAGGGUAGAGAAAGUGGAAGAUUGGAUGUCAUGGAUUAUAGGUGGUGUCGCAUGUUCAUCUCAAGCUAUAUAUCAGACCGAUUCUACGUCUGUCGAGACUCUCAAAUCAAUCAAUCCAUUGCCUAAAACAUUGGUCUCGCCAACAUUUGAUCCUCAAAACAACACACUCGAUUUAACCUUAUCUCGAUUCCAUUUCCCAUCUUCCAUCAAUCCGCCUGGAGCCAUAGACGAACCAUUGGAAGUAUACUUGGGACCUAUUGGACCGUUGUUCGUGACCUGUUGGAGAUCCACCUCUCACAAGAAUACACCUACCGCUGCUAUACCUUAUUCCCCCAUUGAGGGAAAUCUAGAUGACGAGGAGAAAGUGGUUUCAUCCUUCCCUGCGGAUGAAAAUCAUGUGAUCGUCCGAGUGUACUUGCCUGAUAUAGAGGAGAUCAGGACAGUUGUAAAAGAUCUUUCAGCGAUGAGUAAGGAGGCAGAUGGGGAUGAAUCUAGCAAGGGUCAGGAGGGUAUUGAGGGAACAGAACCAACAGUUCAAGAUGAUUUGACUACUAUUGAAGAUGAUCAAGACCAAAUACAUAGUCAGACCCAUGUUCAAGAUGAAAGAUCUGAAAACAAGUUGAAAGAUACCAAUAUACCCGACACAGAAUUUUUGGCAAAUGAAUCCAAGCUGGAUCCAUCAUGGUUCAAUCCUGAAGAUCAAUCUCAUCCUCCUGAUAAACUUGACGAUCUAUCUAUCGCUACUGCAUUAGAAAUGACCAGUACGUUGAAUGACCUAGGUCCAUUCGUCUCGUCUUCGACUUUGUCAGAUUUACAUCAAGUUCAGGGUACCACUGAUGGAGAUGGGAUGAUCAUUGAUCCCUCUCUAUCUGAAGGUGCGCGAGGUUAUACGCAUACCCAGUCUGAUUCUCAUGGUACGCUUCAAGAUCCGACGCACAGGACGAUCAGUGAUGGUCAUCAUAACUUGGGGGAGAACAAUACCAUCAAAUUACAUCUUUCACCCAGAUCUCAAUCCGAUGGGGCAGAUAUAGAUAGAUCGCGAUUGAAGGUAUCAUUACCUUUUGUAUUGGUUAGACAGUCCGAUGGGAUAGGAUUUGGGAUUGAUAAAUCGGUGAUCAUUGACGAGUCAUCAAAUGAAUUCAGAGUGAUUUGA